AUGUCGCGAAUUGUCCCAUCGCAUCACCACUCUGUCGAUCCGGGGCAGGAUCGAUUCAUCUAUUCUGACAGCUCAAUCUUGCAUGGCUGCCGUCCUAUCAUCAGAACCAGAGCACAGCUAAGCCUCGAGGAAAAUCUACAGGGCUCCAGUCGUUUGCACCCGCAUCCACGUUCUCCAAACGCCAAGCCGCGGCCGCAAUCGCAUGCCAAGGCUGGACAGCUUUCCAGCAACAAGUUUCGUGAUGAGAAGCCACGGUUAUUGCUAAUGGGUCUCCGUCGGAGCGGCAAAUCCUCCAUCUCGAGUGUCGUCUUUCACAAAAUGCCCCCAACAGAAACGUUAUUCCUCGAAUCGACAACUCGCAUCCACAAGGACUCAGUCCACUCUUUCAUGGACUUUCAGGUUUGGGAUUUCCCUGGUCAGUUGGAAUAUCUCGAGCCAUCCUUCGAUCUGGAAGAUAUCUUCGGUACUCUAGGCGCAUUGGUAUGGGUUAUCGAUGCCCAGGAUGACUAUCUAGAAGCCGUCUCGAGGCUAAACAGAACCAUACUCCUUGUCCAACAAUACUAUCCUCACAUCAAUAUCGAAAUCUUCAUCCACAAGGUCGACGGCCUAUCUGAUGAAUACCGCUCUGACACGUUCCAAGAUAUCGUUCAACUCAUAUCAGAUGAGCUCAACGAUGCUGGCUAUGAGAACGCGCCUGUACAUUAUUACCUCACGUCGAUAUACGACUACUCCGUUUUCGAAGCUUUCAGCAAAGUGAUUCAGAAACUCAUCCCGCAACUUUCCGCUCUCGAAAACCUCAUCAAUAUUCUGGCCAACAACUCCGGCAUGGAGAAGAUCUACCUGUUCGACGUGCUCAGUAAGAUUUACAUCGCGUCGGACACAAAGCCCGUAGACAUGGCCUGCUACGAAAUGUGCUCAGAUUAUAUAGACGUUAUCGUCGAUGUGAGCGAGCUGUAUUCGUGGGAACACCCUGAGCGCAAACCCAAAGGUCCGCAAAUCCCUGAAGCGGAGAGUCAUAUAAUUUUGCAUGAUAAGAGGAUGAUCCAUCUUAUGGAGAUGAAUAAGUAUUUAUGUCUCGUUUCCGUGAUUAGGAAUGCAGACGCAAGUGAGAAAAAGGGCCUUAUCGAUAUGAACUGCCGCACGUUCCAGUCCGCACUGAAUGAAGUCUUUGCGAAAACCUGGGAGCAGAAGUCGUGAAAAACUCCUAAGGGAUAGAGGAAGAAAGAAUUUAUCCUCAGAACAUACCCCCUCCUCCACGCAUGCAUUCAUUAUGUGAUUCAACCGGUCCGAUAGGGGACUUUUGGGCACUUACCUUCAAUUGUCGAAUUAGUUAUGCCGAUUGAUCCCUUCUAACAGUUUUCCCCUUCUCGUUGCUUUUGCGCUCCUUGUAUGACUUUUGUCGAGUGAGAUACUUGCUCCAUGGGGUGGCCUUUAUUUACCGAUGUUUUUCCACUAACGGGAGGGUAUAACCGGGAGACAGGGGGUACUAGUAGUUUGGGAUAAGUUUUAAAAACCUCAAUGCAGCUCCGAAAGCGGAAAAAUGGCAGAAGCCGUUUCCCUUGUUGCAUCAUAAUGUAUUGAUCAGGAGACUAUAUAUAUAACAUAUAUACUAUAUGUAUAAUAUAAUCGCCCGGAUUAUUGAGGUUAUUGACAAUAAUAAA